UUUCCACACGACCUUUCAUUUUCAGGAAAUGGUAUAAACCAGUUCUUAAAAUAUCCAAACUUUUUUACUGUUCAGACUUAACAGACCCAUAAAAAUGGGAACUCUCUUCUUCCCUCUCUCCCUCUGUUGCCCACCAAGUCUGAGACUGAGAUCCGAUCAGUACUCCUCUUCAAGAACCCAUCUCUCAAACCCAAUUUCAUACCCUCAUAUCUCCUUAAUCACUUCCAGGUCCAACAGAUUUAGAGGCAAAACUGUAGUUUUUGGAGGGAAUUCAAGUGACAUCCCAAAUGAGUCUCAGUUUCUAGAUGAAAAUGGAGUUGUUGAUGACAUGGAUGGUUAUCUCAACUAUCUUUCCCUCGAGUAUGACUCUGUUUGGGACACCAAGCCAUCAUGGUGUCAGCCGUGGACAAUAACACUGACUGGAGUAUUGGUCAUUGCUGGUAGCUGGUUAAUUUUGCACUCGGUCGUUGUUACAACAAUCGUACUCUUAUUAAUAUGCACCUGGUGGUACAUUUUUCUGUAUUCUUAUCCUAAGGUGUAUGCAGACAUGAUCGCUGAACGAAGAAAGAGGGUGACAAAUGGUGUUGAAGAUACAUUUGGUAUGACGAAGAGCCAAUGAUUUAAACUAUAUAUAUAUAUAUAUAUAUAUACACACACACAUCCAAAAUGUCCAUUCGUCAUCCCUCUCCCCUGAUACUUGUGCGUAAUUAGAAUUGAUGCGCUCGAAUUUAAACAUGGCCAUGAGUUUUGCGUUAUUUAGAUAUUGUUUUUUAUCCA